GCACACUUCCUCGCUGUUGUUGCUCAGGUGAGCUGACUGAGAAGUUUGUGAAAACAGCAGGAUGGCGGAUGACACAUACGAGUCGAUUCUGUGCGUUAAACCGGAGGUACACGUGUACAGGAUUCCUCCCCGGGCUUCGAAUCGGGGAUAUCGUGCUGCUGACUGGAAGCUGGACGAGCCGGCCUGGAGCGGCCGCAUGAAGAUCACAGCAAAGGCCAAAAUUGCGUUUAUCAAAUUGGAGGACAGGAACACAGGUGAGCUGUUUGCGCAGGCUCCAGUAGAUCAGUAUCCCGGUCCAUCCGUGGAAGCCGUCACAGAUUCCAGUCGUUAUUUUGUGAUCAAGAUUGAAGAUGGAAGUGGAAGGCACGCGUUCAUUGGGAUCGGCUUUGCUGACCGUGGAGACUCGUUUGACUUUAACGUGGCUCUGCAGGACCAUUUUAAGUGGGUGAAACAGGAAGGUGAACUGGCCAGACAGGAAGCCAAUCAGAGCACAGCUCCUAAACUGGACCUUGGCUUUAAAGAGGGACAGACCAUCAAGAUCAGCCUUGGGAACAUGAAGAAAAAGGACACAGCGGGAGCUAAAUCUCGUCCCGCUGGCACUGGGGGUCUGCUCCCACCACCUCCUGGUGGGAAAAGUGGUGGACUCCUCUCUCCUCCUCCUGGCUCCGCCCACCAGACUGUUGCACCCACUCAGCAGAGCAUGGGGUUGUUGCUGGAUUUUGGAGCUCCGGCUCCUCAAACUCAGGUGUCUCAGGACCUGUGGGGGGAUUUCACUGCUGCUGGAUCAGGUACGACUCAGGAAACAGUGAAACCAGGAUGGGUGCAGUUUUGAUUGUGUGAACGGGUAUACACGUAUGUGUAUGAGGGCAGGAAGAUACACACACACACACACACACACACACACAUGCACACUCUUACAUAAGGACACACCCAGUUUGCCCUCAGAGAGAGGUAGAUGAAAAGCUGGAGAGAAAACACUGAAUGAAAUCUGAGAUCUCUCUCUCUCUCACACACACACACACGGACGCACUCAGUGAAUUGUCAUGUGCACACGUUUGUACGUUUUGAGCUCACUGAAAAGAGUGAGGAUCCACAUUCCACUUUUUUGUUUAGGAAAAGUAUUUUUGAAGUGUUUUUUCUCUCAUGCAGUGGCUUUUGCUUUCAUUUGUUGCUUUCUGUUUUGUCUUCGUUAAUGAUCAUGUCGUUUACUUUCACGCUUUUACUCAGAGCGAUGUGAAAUGCUCUUGCAGAGCCGAGCAGCUGAGGGUUAUACAAUUACCAGUAUAUGAAAAUCUUGGACUUGAGGGAUUUGAUCUCAUGACCUUCCUUUUUCCUUGGUCUCAGUGUUUUAGAUGUUGCUGUUCAUUUUCCUGUGUGUUUGCAGAGCCUUUUUGGUUUUAUACACCAAGUUGCUGAUCUGAAUUAUUUUAUUUUAGGGCCCAUGAAGGAACCAGUGACCUAAAAAAGAGAAAGUUUUAUUUGUAAAUUGAAGGUUUAAAGUAACAGUUUGUACAAAAUCUUUUACACACAAUGGAGUCAGUUAGCAAAACUGCAGAAAUAUUUGUAACUCCACACACACUUGCAGCAUGUUAAACCAGAGGCUGGAGACUUUCAUUACUGAGCCUCGUAGUGCAAAAAGCUCCGAGUUCACACACUAAACAUGUCCUGGAGCAGAUUUCUGGCAGAACAGCUGCUGGGAUGAAGCUCGAGUGUGUGUGAUGGUCUGAUUUUCCUUUAUGACGCAAACUCACAUUUCUCUGAUUGCAUUUAAUCAGAAAUCAUUUGUUUAUGUCAGUACAGGUUUUAUUCUCUCCCCUACACACACACACACACACACACACACACACACACAUGCAUUUUUAUGAUCAUGCUCUAGAAUUCAUUUUCUUGACCAUGAUUAGGAUUUACACAUUUAGUCUCUUCCCAAGUGCCUUUAACAAUAGAAACACAUGUAUAAAAUGUAAAGCAGCACUUUUACUUGUAAAUAAAAUCUCUUUUUUUUCCCCUUUC